AUGAUGCUGUUACCAAACCCAAAUCGAAAUGUUCUUGUGUUUCUACUACUGGCACUUAAUGCCUUGUUGUUGAUCUCUAGUAUCCAUGGGCUAGAAACUAGAAAAGAUGAUCAACAACAACAAAACCCUUCAAUCUGUCAAUAUCCUUGCCACAACCCUUAUCCUCCUCAACCGUCGCUGCCAGAGCCGCUGCCUAUUCUGGUUCCACCGCCUCCUCCUCAGUCGUAUGCGCCGCCACCUCCUCAGUCAUAUGCGCCGCCGCCACCUUGCUCUGUGCAGUGCUGCCAGUAUCCUCCAAACUCCCCUCCUAAUUCAUUCACAAAUUCCCCUCCUAAUUCAUUCGCAAACUCCCCUCCAAUGCCUUACACAUAUGUUCCUUCUAGUAGCAGCCGUAUUGCCCUCAGAUUGGCUUCUUCUUUUCUGCUGUUGUGGUGUGGUAUUCUCCAAUCUUAA